AUGAUUAACACUGAACCAAAUGAAGUUGCCGAAGGGAAUCCUCAACCAGAACAAAACAUGGAAAAUGAAGAAAAUCCGAACAAUCAGGAAAAUGUAGGACCAAAUGAAGAAGAAAAUAUGAUCGAAACAAAUGAUAAUCAAGAUGGACAAGUACAAAUUCUUAAACAAACUCGUGGACUUGGAGAAGAUCCAAUUGAAAUGGAUUGCCCAAUUUGUGAUGUAUGUUUAGUUCACAUCAAUUUUCAAUAAUAUUUUUAAAUAUUUACAGCAACAUAUUAUAACAAGCAUUGAUUCGGUUGCAUCAUUAUUGCCUUAUGUUUUAAUUCCAAUUUUCGUAUUGCUUUCAUUAUUUUCAUAUGAGCUAUCUAUUUUAUGCCCAAUAUAUCUAUUCUUUAUAAGUUGUUCAUAUUAUUGUGUUCAUUAUUGUCCAGUUUGUGGAUAUUAUAUUGGAAAUGGGAAAGCGCCUUCAAAGAAAUGUCGUUUUAUUCACUUUAUAUCUCGCUGCUUCAGUAAUUGUCGGUCUAGAAUAAGAAAUGCUUUUAAUUUCUAAAAUAUUACGUGUUGCAUUAUUCUUUUAAAUAAUUUGCAAAUAUUCAAUUUUUCCAUUCAUUUGUAAAAUAAAACCAUUUUAUUAUUUGAGCAAAAAUUUGACAUUCAUUGAACAAAGUGCCUCAUAUUAUAUCUGCGUCUCUUUCGUUUUUUCACAUCCUCGAUUAUUUCAACCCCCACAAGAAAAAGUGUAUAUGUGUUGGGAGAAGAAGGACCAUGAGCAAGAAAAAAAAAGAAAAAGAAUUGUGGGAGAAAAAAAACGAGAGAAUCUUUCUCUCUUUUAUUUUCCUGUUCUUCUUUCCCAAUUUUUUUCGUUUUUGUUUUGUUUAUUUACGAUUGGCAAGUACGUUUUUUGCCAUUCAAAGAGAAUUGAAGAAUCAAAAAGUACAGUAAUCCCUAUUGGAAAAAAACCAAAUCCACAAUUAUUUUUGUCAGUAAAAAAUUCAAUUAUUUAUAAUUCAAUAUGUCUCGAAUGUUUUAUAGCUUUCUCGAAAAAAAAGAAGAAAAAACAAGGAAUCGAAUAAAUAAAAUAUUUUCAGUCAACAUUUUGUUUAUUUACUGCUAACUCUUGAAUUCUUUUUUUUUCUGUGCGGUGAGAGGAUAAGUAGUUUUUGUUGACUUUGCUCGGUUUUGAAAUAAAAAAUUGCGAAGGUUUUUGUCGAAUUAUAUAAUGUGUAAUUAGGUGUAUUUUAUGAAAAUGUUUCAUUUUCCGGAAACCACUGAACAAUUUCUGAAUAGCAAAUUAUACCAAUACCCUUUCAAAUAAGUUUUUUUUGAAAUUGUUCUUUAUCCUAGCAAAUCUCAUAUAAUUUCGAAAUUUCUUUUUCAAAAAAAUCUGAAGCUGCCACAAAUUUAGUAAACCCCAGAGAAUUUUCCAUGACUCAUUUGCCUUUUUUUGGUUCUCCCAAAAAGAGUCCAUCUUUUCUUUUCUUUUUCUCAAAAGUGCAUGUCUUCUUUUUUUUUUCUUUCGUCAUUUUUUCGCCUCAAUCGAACAAUUUUAUUCAGCCAGUGUUUUGUUCCGAAAAUGGCUCCUUUAAAAGUGUAUGUGGCAAGUGCGACUGCAAAUCCCGAAACAAAAUAUCGUGUUCAACGAACAUUGAUGAUAUUAGAUGGACUCGGAAUUCCAUUCGAUUCAAUUGAUAUUACAAAACCCGAAAAAGCGGAAGAUCGAAAAUUUAUGAGGGAAAAUGCAUAUAAAGGAGAAGAUGAAAAUAAUCGACCAAAACAAAUUUUGCCACCACAAUUUUUCUAUAAUGAUGAAUAUUUGGGAGUAAGUUUUUUCAAUGGAAAAUCUUUUAAUAUAAUUUUUAUUCAAAAUUGCAAACUACGCCAUUUUCACUUGUUUUUCAAAUAUCGAGUCCCUGAAUUUUUGUUUUCGAAAAAUGUAUCUAUCAAAAUCAAUUCCCUUUUAAUAUUAAAUGUUCAAAGCUGUCACAACAAAUUUUUCUUUUCAUUUUUGUUUUUCUAAAAACAAAACAAAUUUGAAAGAUAAAGAAAUACAGUACCUUGAUCUGAUAAAACUGAAAAAAAGAGAUUUUUUAUAGGAUUAUGAUGAUUUUGAUGCUUCAGUCGAAGAUGAUACAAUCACUCAAUUUUUACGUUUAUUACCAGAUGUUAUUGUAAGUAUUUCACAUAAUUUUUUAAAGAUAACCUUUUUUGUCCAAAAUUAACUUCAUCUAACAUAUUUUUUUCAAUUUCUAACAUUAACAUGUUUCAGGGAGAACGUAUUCGUGUGAAUGAUGCUAAUAAAUGUGUGGCAGCUCUUUUCACAAAACAAAAUAACGGUACUAACUCGAAAUAUUCGAAUUUUAAAAACAUAACCUUUUUGCAAUGAUUUUUUGCAGGCGUCAAAUGCCGACAAUAACAAUGCUUCAACAACGGAAACCGGAGAAAAUGAGACAAGCGAACAAAAAUUAGCUGAAAAACCGAAAAAUGAGCAAAAAGAAGAGGAAAAUGAUGAAGAAGGUGAAGAAGAUGAAGAAUGGGAAGAUGAAGAUGAAGAGGAAGAGGAGAAAGAAAAAGAAAAAAUUGAAAAUGAUAAAAAAUCGGAAAAAGAGGAUGAAAAUGAACCAACAGAAACUGCAGUGAUAACAUUGCCAAAAGUUCCUUCAAAAACCGAAGAAGUUGAAGACGAAGAAUUAGAAGGUGAAGAUGAAGAAUGGGAUGAAGAAGAAGAGGAGGAAGAAGAGGAAAAAUAG